AUGGGCCGUCGCAUCGAACUGGCUGAGUCGGCCAUUCUGAAGGCUGCUCGGGACAACAAGGCCUCGCUUUUGGCAGUCUUUGGGGGCCAAGGUACCCAUAACGCAACAUGCCUGGACACGCUUCGUACAAUUUAUGUAGCAGCAUCUGGCGAAGUUUCUCGCCUGAUCGAAACAGGGGCUGCGGCUCUCUUGUCCAACACUGCAAGCAACAAGCCCAGCCACCUCUCCCAGGACGGCUUUGACCUCCUAAGAUGGCUCAAGGACGCCACCUCAGCACCCCAGGCCCACAUAAUUGCAACAGCACCAUUCAGCCUUCCCCUCAAUGGCCUCCUCGGCUUCGCUCAGUAUGCUACGCUCUGCAUGCUUGCAGAUCUCCAUCCUGGACAGCUACGUGAUCACCUAAGUGGCGCGACUGGUCACUCUCAAGGCAUCGUCGUCGCCGCUGCUAUUGCGGGCGCAGAGUCAUGGGACUCGUUAUCUGCAGUCGUAUCGGAUGCUAUGAUACUGCUGCGUCAGAUCGGCCUGUAUGCAGAGCGCGCCACCCCGAGAAGCGAUAAGCUGUUCAGUGCUUCUGCCGUUGAUGCGGCUGCAGGAGAGCACAACAGCGCCAUGCUAAGCAUCAGAGGCUUGAAACAUUCCGAGCUUGCCAAGAUCGUGAAAGAAUGCAACGAAUACCUGACGGACGCAGAGAAAGUCUUCAUCGCUCUACACAAUUCAGACGACUCUUUUGUCGUUUCCGGGCCGACUCCAAUGCUAGACCGACUGGAGAUCGUACUACAACAACGAAGCGCACCAGUUGACCUCGAUCAAAGUAAGAUUCCCUUUCCAAAACGGCGACCAGUCAUUGACACCCAAUCUCUACCUAUUUCCGCCGCAUUCCACAGUGCUCACCUUCAGGAUGCCGCGGAGGCACUCACACAGGCGUUUGGGGCCACUCUUUUCAAGGCCCACAUCAUGGCCAUACCUGUGUAUGGCACCGUUGAUGGUGAGGAUCUGAGGCAUUCAGAACCACAGAGCCUGGUGCCCUCGCUCAUCCAGAUGAUUAUGCACAAAACUGUGGAUUGGCCGCGUGCACUCACACGGUCUCAAAAUUCACACAUACUGGACUUUGGUCCGAGUCGCACAAGCAUGCUUCUGUACGAUCGCUUGAACGGCUCCGGCGUCCGUAUUAUCUCCGUCGCAGACCUUGGACCUUUAAGCCUCUUGUAUGGGAAUCGCUCCGAGCUACUGAGUGGCCGCCAGAUGACCGUGUCGUCCAACUGGGCCUCGCAAUUCAGUCCGACGGUAAUCAAGGAUGACCAAGGCCACAUGUCCAUUCGAACACGCCUCACCAAUAUGCUCGGACUACCUGCGGUUAUGUGCGCUGGAAUGACCCCUACCACUGUGUCGCCCUCCUUUGUGAGUAGUGUGCUCAACGCCGGAUACCACGUUGAACUGGCGUGUGGCGGCUAUUCUCAGGCCUCCGAUCUCCGAAAAGCUCUACAACAGCUCGCUGCCACCUUGCCGGUGUCUCGUGGCAUCACAUGCAAUCUGAUUUACGCAAGUCCGAAAGCGAUUGCGUGGCAAGUGCCUUUGCUACGCACAAUGCAAUCAGAGGGCUGUCCAAUUGAAGGUCUGACUAUAGGAGCCGGCGUGCCGUCUCCAGAGAUUGCCAAGGAGUACAUCGAAACCAUGGGUCUGAAGCACAUCUCAUUUAAGCCCUCGUCCCGAGCUUCAAUCGAGCAAGUCCUAGCCAUUGCGGAAGCUGCAAGCACCUUUCCAAUCAUCCUUCAAUGGACAGGUGGCCGCGCUGGAGGCCAUCAUUCAUACGAAGACAUGCAUUCUGCGAUUAUCAAGACAUACGCUGCUAUCAGGAGCCACGACAAUAUCAUCCUCGUCGUAGGCGGCGGAUUUGGAGACGCGGCCGGCAUGCUCCCAUACUUCACUGGCGAGUGGUCAGAAGCUCUGGGAUACGCUCGCAUGCCGUUUGACGGCGCAUUGCUGGGAAGCCGUAUGAUGGUAGCUCGAGAAGCAGAGACCUCACAUGCAGUCAAGGAGCUCAUCGUUUCCACAGCAGGUGUCUCAGACACAGAGUGGUACCGUACGUACGACGGUGACGCUGGUGGCGUGAUCACGGUCUCCUCAGAAAUGGGCCAGCCGAUCCAUAAGAUUGCCAACCGAGCUGUAAUGCUUUGGCAUGAUCUGGACCAGACCCUAUUCUCCAUCAAAGACACAGAGAAGCGCUUGCAGGCACUUAAAGCUCGUCGCCCGGAGAUCAUCGGACGGCUAAACCGGGACUACGCAAAGCCGUGGUUCGCCAUGGGCCCUGCUGGCCAAGUGCUAGAGGUUCCGGACAUGACAUACGCAGCUUGCCUACAGCGCAUCAUAGCCUUGAUGUUUAUGCAUCAGCAGCAGGAGUGGAUCCAUCACUCUUAUCAAACCUUCUUCUUAGACUUCACUGAGCGAGUGUUGGAGCGAUUCGGCAUCGCCGAUUUCGAUCUGAAUCGGCAGGUGACACCCUUUGAGAUGCUCAACGACUUUCUGACAGUAUGUCCGACUGCGAUCACCGACCUACUGUAUCCUGAGGAUGCCGCCUACUUCCUCGCGCUGUGUCGCCGCAGGGGUCAGAAACCGCCAAACUUCAUCUUCACCCUUGACGAGAACUUCGAGAGCUGGUUCAAGAAGGACUCGCUCUGGCAAGCGGAAAAGCUUGAGGCUGCACCGGAUCAGGACCCACAGCGUGUGUGCAUUAUACACGGUCCAGUGGCCGCGCGCUACUCAACGUCAGCCUCAGAGUCAGCAGCCGACAUCUUAGACAUGAUUCACAACGAUCUUGCCGUGGCCCUGUCUGGGCCCCAAAGCCUGAACUGCGCCCCAUCUCCCCGGAGCACUCAACGGAGCUGUCUCUCGCAAGAGCUUGAUUCCAUCGAUACUCAAUCAGAGAUGACCACCAGUGGUAUGGUGAUGCGGGGCACUCUCAAAGCAGGCUUGACCGCUGAGCAGCGACCGCACCUCCUCCAGGCGCUUGAGAUACCCAACGAUCACUGGCUAAUGACUUGCCUGACUGCUACGUACGUCUCAUAUACCACUGGACGAGGGCCGAAUCGGAUGGCCUCAGCGUUUCGUCCUCGCAAAGGCGACACGGUCGUUGUCCGCCUCCUACCGAACAGCGGUGCGAGGUUGCUGAUUGUUAGUCAGGAUGUGGUGACUGGUGAGCCCUACCAUGCCUAUGCUUUGUCUUCGAGUGACGGCAACCACAUAACCUUCGCAAUGAACGGGCCUUGCCGCGCAGGCGCAGAACCUUGGACACUUAGCUUGGAAAUCAGUUGUGUGCGCGCUGGCGGCCAGGCUGUUCUAUACGCCUCAGCGGCAUCCGAGAGGGCGUCGCUAAGGACUUGUUACGCGGUCUGCUGGAACACCGAGAACGACACGUCGCAUAACAUCUCGAAAGAACUCCAGUCUGUACAAGAAACGACUACCCUACGCCCUGAGCUUGUCCAGAGUUUCGCUGCUAUGAUAGCACGAGCAUUUGGAAGCCACCAAAUUGCGGUGGGCUAUAUGUCGAUGGCACCCAUGGAUCUGGCGAUUGUCGCUGCUUGGAGGGCAAUGUGUACCGCUCUGUCAGACGUUACGAGCCGACUCGGGGCCGACUUGUCUAGGCUCCUGCACCGUUCCAACUCAUUCGAAUACGCUAAAGGCGUACAGCCUCUGGCUGUUGGCAAUAUCCUCCAGGCCCGUGCCGAAGCGACGUCUGUCACGACCCAGCGCAGUGGCAAGCUCGUGGAGAUCACCGUGAGCCUCGUCCGAGAUGGUGAAUCGGUGAUGACUGUUAUCUCGCAUUUCUUUCUACGCGGUACUCAGAUAUCCGACGUGGCGGACUUCCAAAGAGAACCGUGCGUCCGUUACGAGCUUGUGGUAUCCUCGUCUAAGAUCCAUGCCGCUCUUGUUAGUCGCAAAUGGUGGCGAGCCGAGGCGGGCAAGCUUCUUGAGUUGGGGACCACCCUCCGCUUCGAGAUAAAGUCGCACAAGACCUGCAUCCGGUCAACAGAUGACUUUGAGUUGGAGGUGACAGGGUCGGUUUACACCGUGGCAUCAGGGUCUGCCGACAACCUGGUCGGAACGGUCUUCUUCAACGGACAAGGCUGCUCCGGCAAUGUGGUCACUGACUUCCUGGACCGACAUGGCUCCCUACACGAAGCCCCGCGCGAAUUGGAACAUGCUGGCUGGCAAGAUUCUGCUGGUAUUACGUUGCGUGUCUACGAUCUCGGCGCCGACUAUGCCGCCGUGUCUGGAGAUUUCAACCCAAUCCAUGUGCAUCAUUGCUUUGCAGGCUUUGCAGGCCUCUCUGAACCUAUAAUCCAUGGCAUGUAUACAUCGGCCGUCGUGCGAAGGCUGGUUGAGGAGAAGUUAGCUGACGGGGAUCCGUCGCGCUUCCGUAAAUGGUACACCACGUUCGAGGACGUUGUGCGAGGUGGGGACUUUUUGCGGAUCAAGAUCGAGCAUACUGGCAUGCGAUCUGGAUCAAUGGUGCUCCACGUCCAGGCAUUCAUAAACAUCACCGAUACAAAGGUCUUGGACGCGCAAGCUGAAAUAGAACAGGCGCCCACUGCGUACAUCUUCACGGGCCAAGGCAGCCAAGUCAAGGGAAUGGGCAUGAUGCUAUACGAUACUGAUGACGCUGCACGCUCGACCUGGGACCGAGGCGAUCGACAUCUGUUCGAGCUUUACGGUUUCUCGCUGCUCGACAUUGUCCGCAGGAAUCCGAAGCAGCUCACGAUUCAUUUCCGCACCGCCAGGGGACGUGCGAUUCGGGACAACUACCUUGCUCUGACGAAACAAGUUCUCGUUGGCACCGAGUAUGUCUCUGCGCCCGUCGUUAGUGGCCUUACAGCAGCCUCCAAAUGUAUCACGUUCGAGGACCCCAACGGCGUUCUGUUUUGUACGCAGUUCGCGCAGCCGGCUAUUAGUCUGCUCAACAGCGCUGAAAUGGCAUCCUUGCAGGCGCGCGGUUUGGUGCAAACCAAUGCCAUGUACGCUGGUCAUUCACUCGGCGAAUACAGCGCACUGCUGAAUUGCAGCGGCUUCAUGACGCUAGAAAAUCUGCUUAGCUUGACCUUCUAUCGUGGACUGGUGAUGCAAAAUCAGAUCGGCACCAACGAUGCUGGCUCGACAGACUUCUCUAUGCUUGCGGUGAACCCGACCAAGGUUCACAAGGGCUUCAAGCAAGCGCAACUGGAGGCCGUUGUGCGUUGUAUCGGCGACCAGACCGGUCUACUGCUGGAGAUUGUCAACUUCAAUAUUCGCGAGCAGCAGUACGUCUGCGCUGGCCACCUCCGCGCAUUGUGGCUCUUAUCGAAGGCGUGCGAUGCCAUUGCCGGACGUCCAGCCAAGCAUGGGCCAGUCGAUGACGACCUUACACAAGCUGUGCGACGCUUCAUACCAGCGAUGCAUGAUCUGAAUGCACCAAUUGAGAUUGCGCGUGGAGUCGCCACGGUGCCGUUGCUAGGCGUCAACGUACCCUUUCACUCGAGCUACCUACGUGGCGGCAUCGACACGUAUCGGCAAUACCUUAUGGGUCACAUCAAAGAGCACGAUAUUGAUCUACAGCGACUUGAGAGUAGAUGGAUACCAAACCUGACGGGCAAGCUCUUUUCGGCAAAUCGGGAGUAUGUAGAAGAGGUUGCUUCGGCUACUGGCAGCAAGGUCUUGCAGAGUCUGGUGGAGGGGAUGGCAUGA